GAUUGGUCACCAGUCAAUUGCAGUGCACCAAUAGCAAAACAACCAUUCACAUUCCCACCUGUGGACAAUUUAGAGUCUUCAGUGAAGCUAACAUACAUGUUUUGGUAAUGUGUAGGAAACUGAAGUACCCAAAGAAAUCCCACACAACCACAAAAAUGAAAACUCCAAACAGGAGGGUCCCAAACAGCAGAACUGUGAGGCAGGCUGUGCGGUUCAAACGUACUGUGCUGGCCUUAUACCAUCUAUCGAUCCAUUCGUUUUAAAUACGUUCGUCCUAUUCAGGGUCGGGGCUGGAGCCUAUCCCAACUGGCUUGGUCGGCAGUCAAUCUCACAGACGACCAUUCAUAUCAUCACUGAGUGGAAAAGUUAACGCUCGCUUCCUUUACCAAAAAUCAGGAGACUGUAUCAAUAUACCAUCAGUAAUACACAGAUUGACACGGACUUGAAUAUUUGCUUUGAAAAACAGGUUUUCUGUGUCACUCAAUACGAAUGGUUUUAUAUUUGCACUCUGGUUGUUUUUACAUAUUUGUAUAGCCUUUAUUUGUGCACAGCUGUUGGUCACUUCAAAGAGGAAGGUCGUUGUUGUUAUUGUUGUUUUUAAAUGAUUCUCUGUAUACUGUAGGAUAGAAAGUUACUUCUUGACAGUCAACGUACACCGAGGCAAGGGUGUCUUUUCAAGGACAACACAGUACAUGAUCCUAAUGAAGAGAGUGCUGUGUGCUCGACCAUCUCUCGACAGCCCGGAGGAGAGAGCGCGGUACUACACGCCGUGGCGCUGCUCGCCAUCCAUCCGCUCCUGCUGUACCACAACAGAUGGUGACAACAACGUUGCAUCGAGCGGGGAGCACAACAACAGACUGCAGCAUCCUGUCCGUGCAACACGGACCUUUUCCGUCAGCAUGCUCGUAGGGCAGGACCGCGUGAGGCAGUGACUUCACGCGGCAGCAGAGGCACCACCACCACCACCACCACGGCCACCGGAGGAAGCUUCUCGCCUAGCUGUCUCCGUCGAGUGGGGAAGAUGGCCGCUAUGAAAAUAUUAACCAGUGGAGGUCUCUUCCUGGCGUUGUGCGCGCUGGGGCUUCUCGCCAUGGCGAUUUGCACCGACUACUGGUACGAGACGGACGCGAGGAGGCACCGCGAGAGGUGUAAAAACUACGCCAACAAGCGCAACGACCCGGGCUACAUCUACAUCUCCAACCACAACCUCCCCCUCCAGAUGCCUCCCAAGAGGAGAGCAGGCGGCCCGGAGACUGCGCCUCUCGUUCGGGGCAAGCGACACUUUGUGGCCGCAGCCUCCGCGAUGGAGGCUCACUGCAGUCGGCAGUUCAACUCAACGGUGUCCGGCCUUUGGAGGAAAUGUCACCGAGAGGGAUUCGACCUUGAAACCGAGGACCUCAUUUACAAAGGAAUAAUUCAAAGAUGUAGUCCGGUAAAGUAUCACUACACUUCGUCCAUUCUUCCACGAAAUUUACCCGUCAACAUCACGAAGACCAUACGACAGGAUGAAUGGCAUGCACUUCAUCUCAGAAGAAUGACGGCUGGCUUCGUUGGUAUGGCUGUCUCCAUAAUUCUUUUUGGCUGGAUAAUUGGAGUGCUGGGAUGCUGCCAACAGCAUGAUCUCAUGCAAUAUGUGGCUGGGCUCCUCUUUCUCAUGGGAGGAACAUGCUGCAUCAUCUCCUUGUGCACAUGUGUGGCUGGAAUCAACUUUGAGUUAUCCCGCGACCCUCGCCACAUGUACGGCCUUCCUGAGGACAUUAGCCAUGGCUAUGGCUGGUCCAUGUUUUGUGCCUGGGGUGGCCUCGGCCUUACUUUGCUGGCUGGGUUCCUCUGCACCUUGGCCCCCUCCCUGAGCACACCGGCCCGCACGACACCUCACAAGCCGAGGCACGAGAAUGGAACCGUGUGACAGGGCCCGGGCGACUAACCCACCGAGCACACAAACUACACCAUUCAAAACUUUGAUGUUAAAAUCUACAACCAUUUUUGUCUCCUCACCUUCUCACCGCACCCUCAAUAUUGCCAUCCCUCUCAGUCUGCAUCGUGCCUGAGUUGUGAUAGCACACAUUCUGGAACAAAGAACUAACAGACUUCAAACACAACUUCUUGAACCCCCCCCAAAAGGACCUCCAGGGACACCAAGAGUGCAACGUUACGUCUGAAAGGCGCUUUGGCUCUCAUAGCACAAGGUUUUUUUGAUCCUCUCUUUUUCGACAUGCUGAUUUUAUGGCAAUCUGAAGGUGACUGUUUUACAAUGGUGCUCUCCUUAAUCCAUUUGCUACACACACUCCUACAGGCACGCACAGACCCAUGCAGAUGGACACCAGCUUUUCCACAUGCUCAUUUUCUGCUGAUGAAUCAUGAGAAAAAUCAUCCAAACACAGCAAAUCACAUACUGUAAAAUGAGGCUAGAACAUCCCCUUACUCUUUUUUUUAAUAGAGUGAUGUGUGCUGUUAUUGUUUGCGAUGGGAGGGAAAAGAAAUCUGGCAAUGAGUGCCCAUUGCUUACUGUUAAAGAUAUCAAACAUUAGCCCUACCAUGGUAGAUGUCUCCAUUCUCUGCUGGAUGAAUCAAGUGGUGUGGGAAGCACCACAAAAUACACAUGACUAAAUUUGCAUCAAAAAGCAAACCAUUUGAUCAUCUCUUAAAAGAUUUGUGUUUGUGUGCGUGUGUGUAUGUGUAUGUGUGUACAAUUGCAUCUCUUUGUAGACUAAGGUCCAUUAUUUAUGUAAAGUAGAUUUUGAAUAAGGUUGUUUAUGUCUGUUUGGGUUGAAACAAUGACGCCUGACAGUAUGAAAGUGCAUGCUCAGCAGGAUGGUGGUAAAGAUUUAUGCUCGAGGGAUGAAUCCAUUAUAGGAUUGAGCCACACUGAUGGCAUUUUGAGUUUGGUGGGGUGAGGAAGAACUGAAAUGCAUAACAAUGAGGGACCGUUAGGGACAUUAUUCCGGUUUAGCUCUCACACUUACUAUUCAAAUGCUUUCACACGCACACAAACUACCGAAAGGCUCUCAUAAGGACUACUCAAACACUCUCAUACACACAAGUCUUGCUCUCAUUGUCACCACUCAAAUGCUCUCAUUGACUACUCAAAUGCUCUCAUUUACACGAGUCAAAUGCUCUCAUUUACACUACUCAAAUGCUCUCUUUUACACUACUCAAAUGCUCUUUUUUACACUACUCAAAUGCUCUCUUUUACACUACUCAAAUGCUCUCAUUGGCACAAGUCAAAUGCUCUCAUUUAUACUACUCAAAUGCUCUCACACACACACGUCUUGCUCUCAUCAACACUACUCAAAUGCGAGCAAGUUAAUCACAUUCUUGCACACAUCACUGGCAGUCACGUGUUCAUGUCAAUCAUGCUCACGGGUGAAUAGUGUAAAUCUUUUGUUAGGAAGUUCAAUUCAACUCAUAUAAAUACACGCUCACAUACAUGCCUCAAAUGUUUGUACACAUACACAGUCGCAUGAACGUUAUAUUUUAGUUUCUCAAUAUGGGGAUUUGUUUUAUUUGCUAUGUGCUACUAUCAUCAAAAUAUUAUAUUAUAAUAUCCGGUCAUAUUUUCAAUAUGAAAUACUUCACUCUGAGUGUGUGCGGUUCAGCUCUAUAAUUUCACUUUUUGAAUUGAACUACCUAAUAAAAGAUUUACACUAUUCACGUGUGAGCAUGAUUGACAUGAACUCGUGAAUGCCAGUGAUGUGUGCGAGAAUGUGAUUGACGUGGUCGCGUGAACGCAUUUGAGUAGUGUUGAUGAGAGCAAGACGCGUGCGUAUGAGAGCAUUUGAAUAGUCUCAAUGAGAGCAUUUGAGUAGUGUAAAUGAGAGCAUUUGACUAGUGUCAAUGAGAGCAUUUGAGUAGUGUCAAUGAGAGCAUUUGAGUAGUGUUAAUGAGAGCAAGACUUGUGUAUGAGAGUGUUUGAGUAUUCCGUAUGAGAGCCUUUCAGUAGUUUGUGUGGGUGGGAAACAUUUGAAUAGUAAGUGUGAGAGCUAAUCCUGAAUAAUGUCCCUAACGGCCCCUCAUACAUAACUGCUGAGCUGUGACUUCAUGCUGCUGCGCUCUUGCAGCUCUUGACACAGCCAGUUGUUUGCUGACAGCUGAAUUGUAAUGUGACAAGAGAGCAAUAAGAAAGCAGUUUGCAGAGUGAGAUACAGACGAUUACAGACACUCACGAUUGGUCAUCCUUUUUAAAGUACUUGUUUUAGGACAAAAUUGUGCCGCAGUAUUUUAGUGUUGCCACUACAGAAAAAAAACUGAAAACAUUGGCUAUUGUCCCACUGCCUUGACUCAAAACAGGCUCCUUUGCAGCUGAAAAAAAGUAGAGCCAGCAACAAUUUGUUUCUACACUAAAGUACAAUUUUAAAUGUAUAGUUGCACACGUAAUCAUCUGUCAUCAGAUGCUGAACUAUUAGCAGGAUUUAUUUCACCACUUCAUUCACGCAUAAUUCAAUUGUUUGAAUGAUAAUGCAUUAAUUUGAUUUAAUGCAGGGUUCCAAACUUUUUCAGUUGAAGACCCAAUGUAUACAUUUCUUCCCGAUGCCCAAAUUUAUUAAAAAAAUAAAUUAAAAAAAACAAACAAACAAUAACAUUGACAUCUACAAUGCUUAGCAAAUGUGUAUGACUGCCACCAACUAGGAUUUGCGUCAGUGACCAGCACUAUGAAGAGUUUCGGGGACUCUUGUCAUCAUUAUAUUCUGUGAGAUCAGUGAGCCGUUUUACAAGCUUCAACAGGAAUGAGGAAUUUCGAACUGAAUUUAAAUGAUUAUAUCUUCAUUUCAACUGGCUCCCUGAGCUUCUGUGAUAAGUCAUAAACAAGCAUAUCAUACAUUUUUUACAAUUACACAACUUUAGAAUUUCUCUGUUUCUCUGACAAUUUUUUUUUAAUUACAAUUUUACAUUUUUUUUUUAAAUAAAAAGUUAAAUAUCUGGGUAUCAAUAAUAUUGCCAUUUUAUCAUUAAAACUCCCAUUUUGGUUGAAUAGUUUCUACAUGGUGCUGUAUUAAACAUUAAAUAAACAAGCAAAGAUUUUGGUAAAUGUCAGUGCUGUCAAUUUAGAGCAGCUGUAGCAUAAAUCUGGGUGGCGGCACAUUCAAAUUUGAUAAGAACUGUACAUAUCAAUAUAUAAUGAAAAUGUGUGCCUCCUUGAUAUUAAAUAAAAUAUCUUACAGAAUUUUGAUCCAAUCAAAACUCACGCGGGCCCGACCCAAAGUUUGAGAAAUGCUACUCUAACGUAAAACAGAUGCAAAUAAAUAUUUUUUCUGGAUUAUUUUCUUGUUACAUUAGGAAAAUGAUGGAAUAGUUCAGGAUCAAUUAAUUUAGAAGUAUACGAGUUGCAAAUUUCACAUCACACAAGACCAACGGGACAUUCACAGGAUUGAAUAGCAGAGCAGGCUGUUUACUUGUGUAAGAAGGAGAUUCAGUACCUUAUUUUGUGUGGGCCAAACAUCAUUUUAACUUUCCUCCUGGUCACCAAAACACUUAAGUUUAAAAUGUGUACUGAGAUGAGUCACAUGAGAUGUUAUCAGCUAUGUCAGUUAACUUAAAAAAAAAAAAGAAAAAAAAAGAAAGUGUUAUAAUGUGUGUUGACACUGUGUGUGAUGUUCAGUCCUUUUCACAUUACCAAACCACUACAAGAGUUUCGAUCUUAACUGAAGCAUGAUUGAUAACCGUAUCUUCAGUGUCUUGUUGAAUCUUUGCACAUUGUUGCUUCUGUUAAAAGUCAGCGCAGACAGCGUUACAAAGUAUGUUUGCAAGGUGACGAAUGGCAUCAAAAAGGAUAAGAGCAUGUGAUGCACACUAUGAUGUGUCUUUUACAUUCUGGGUUUAUACCACAUUGUGUAUUUAUGGAAAGUAAGUUCAACCUAUUAUUGUGAAAAUAUGAUGGCAGUGGCAAGGGGGUGAGCGUUAGGAAUAAAUCAUGAACAUUCAUUGUGUUACACUAUUCAUGAGUCCCCUGACUCACAGAACACGUUUUGUGUUUUGCUUCAAUAAAGAUCACCACCCAAACUCGCCGGUAAUAGAAGUAUUACUAGAAGGACUUAAUAGUAAUGUGAACAUGUUGACAUAAUGGAAGCAAUAUUGCACACAUGUAUUUUUUUGUAUACUUUGUGGUAAACAGUCUGACCCCCACACCCCCCAUCUUUUAUUUUUUUUACCUGAUGUGCUACAACUUCACAUCAGAUGGGGAUUAUUAAGCACAGGUUUGUGUCCCCUAUCUCAAUUUAUUGGAUUUGGUGCAUAUAGAAUGCAUACAAUAUCUGGAUUUUUAACGUUGUUAUCAAUGAUUUUUAAUAUAAAAUCAAAACAAUAAAGUUCAUCAGUUUGAACACCUGCAAGUCAAAAGAAUGCUGAGUCUGCUGUUGAUUUCAGCACAGUGUUAUAAAGAUUUAGAAUUGAAUACAUAUCAUCUCAACAUUCAACUUCUUCCUGUGUUCAGUAAAACAACUGCCAUUUGAAGUGGCACUUAUUUCAGUAGCACAGCAAUUUUUUAAAUAUAAUUUUAUUUAUUUUUUGUACAUUUGUACCAGUACAAUUCACUGCAGGUCUUUUGCGGGGACUGAAAAGACAUAACAGACAUGCAUGAUGCCUUUUAAAUUCAUUUAAGUAUUAAACUGUCAAUUUUUCCUUAUUUAUUUUACUGCAAUAAAAGAUGUAAUUACUA